AUGGCGGACACCCUCUUGGAUCCCGGAAUUCACAAAUUCACGGCCCCAGGCACUGGGCUAACCCUCGAGUAUGUGGUAUACCGGCCGUCUUCAAUCUCUCAGGAGGAGGCUAGGCGCAACUUGAUUCUAGUUCAGUGUCCCGGCUGGGGCCUGGGCUCUGAGUAUCUUGAGCGCGGCCUGUCAGAGCUCUGGAACCCAUCGACCGAGAUGAACAGAGAUCGCCCAGCAGUAUACCCGGUUUUAUUCUUCCAUCCUCGUGGUACUAACGGAUCUUCGCGUCCCCUGCAUGCACGCCAGAUGAGCACCAUGCCCGACAUGGCUUCGGACUUGGACGAUCUGCGCCGCUACCUGCAGCUGGAACAGUUCUCCGUGAUGCUGGGCCACUCAAACGGUGGUGCCAUUGUACUCGCCUACGCCCAGAUGUACCCGGAACGCGUGCAGAAACUGAUCUUGCUGAACCACCAGGUCGUCGGCAUGCAAGACCGGAAGAAAGAGAAGCUCGAGGCAACGCAGAACAACCCCGCCUAUCGAAACGCAUGGCAGAACCUGCUGAGCCGUACCGCUGACACCGAUGAGGAGUUUACUGAGUCUGUCAAAUCUAUCUGGCCUCUGUACUUCUAUAACCCGGCCCGGUAUGUGGAUGAGCUGGUGGAGGCGAUCGGAAACCGAGCCAUGCCGGCGUGGUGCUACCAUUCGCAAGGCAAGUGUGACCGGGACAUUGAGAACUCGAUGCAGAUGGUCGACGGUAUGUCGGAUGUGCAGGCCAAAACAUUGAUUAUUUUUGGUCGCGACGACAUGAUUUGCGGGUUGAAGAUUGCGAUUCGAACUAUGGAGAUCCGCGGCGCCGAGUUGAUUACUUACAAGGAGUGUGGGCAUUUCCCGUGGAUCGAGCAGAAAGAAUACACAUUGGAGGAUAUCCGCCGAUUCAUCGAGAGACGUUACAGGGGCUAA